AGGGCAUCUACAACCAGACCAAAAAUCAGACCCACAUCAAGACCAACAAUCAGACCAGCGAGAACAUCUACAACCAGACAAACAAUCAGACCUACAACAAGGCCAACAGAUCGGUGUGCGCAUCUACAACCAUACCAACAACCACAUCUACAACCAGGCCAACAACAAGGCCAACAGACAAGCCAGUGCAUCUACAUCCAGACCACCAACCAUACCAACAACUGUAUCUGCAACCAGACCAACAACUGGGUCAACAACCAGACCAACAACCACAUUUACAACUAGACCAACAACCACAUCUAUAAGCAGACCAACAACCACAUCUACAACCAGGCCAACAGCUGCAUCUACAACCGGCAAAUAAUCAAACCAGCAACCACAUCUACAAGCAGACCAACAACUGCAUCUACAACUGGGCCAACAACUGGCGCUAACAAUCAGACCAACAACCACAUCUACAACCAGACCUACAACAAGGUCAACAACCUGGCCCACAACCAUAUCUACAACCAGACCAACAGCCAGACCAACAAUCAAAUCUACAACCAACAAGGUCAACAAUUAGACCAACAACGAGGCCAGCAAGGCCAACAACUGGACCAACAACUGGACUAUGCACCAAGCCAACAAUCAACAACAGUACUAACAGCAAGACUAACUGCUUCAUUUACAACUAGGCCAACAACCCAAGAAAACAAAGCCAUCAAUUGUACCAACAGUUAGGAAAAAAAAUCAAACCGCAAAGGCAACAACCGGGCCAACUACCAAACCAACAACCAGCCUCACAACCAGCUUCGACUAACCAUGCUCAGCCUCAUCAAACUACCUCCUGUCCUGUCCAUCAAAGAUGUGCCUAAAGUCUUUCAAGAAGACUCCAUCAUGUCUGGGUACCGGCCUCCUCGCAGCUCAGCCACAGACUGUGUCCUCAGCCUCUUCCAGAUGACCAACGAGACACUCAACAUCUGGACUCACUUCCUGCCCACAUGGUAUUUUCUAUGGAAGCUGCUGAGCAUGGUGUUCAUGUACUCGGCAUGGCAGGACUCGUACAUGUGGCCAUUGGUUGUUUACCUGAUCUCCAUCUGCCUGUACCCCCUAGCCUCCAGCUGUGCCCACACCUUCAGCUCCAUGUCUGCCCGUGCUCGCCACAUCUGCUUCUUUUGGGACUAUGGAGGGCUCAGCUUCUACAGCCUGGGCUCAGCCAUCACUUACUCCUUCUAUGUGUUCCCGGACAAGUGGAUCAACAGCUCCUUCCACCAAUACUUCAUCCCCAUUGCCGUGUGCAACAGCAUCCUGUGUACCAGCCUGGCCUGCUACUCCAGAGUGGGCCUUCCCUUCCUUCAGUAUAAUUUUGACUCAGUGAAGAGGUUUCCAGGGAGGCAGAGUUCAAGGCUGAGUAAGGCUCUUCGUGUUGUGGCAUUUGCGUAUCCGUACCUGUUUGACAACAUUCCUCUGUUCUACAGGGUGUUCUUAUGCACAGGUGACGGCUGCACUCACAAUGACACAAACCUGCUCCACAUGUACCAGAUUGCCCUGGCCUUCCUCACUGGGUUCCUGUUCGCCACCCACCUCCCUGAGCGCCUAGCCCCCGGGAGCUUUGACUACAUUGGCCACAGCCACCAGAUCUUCCACGUGUGCGCCAUCCUGGGCACCCACUUACAGAUGCAGGCUGUGGAGCAGGACAUGCUGGUGCGCAGGUCCUGGCUCCUCGAGCAUGCCCUCCCGGUCUCCUUCGGCAGCUCCGCGGGCGCCACCAUCUUGUGUCUGCUGUCCAACGUGUCCAUCAUCUUCAUCUUCAGUCUCCCUCUCUUCCUGCCUGCCGCGUCAAAGAAGAAAGCAGCCAAGUAAAGAGGGAAAAUGUCAAGCUGAGUUAUAGUUUUGACCUGUGAAAUAGGUCAGAGGCUCUUAAAUGUUUCACACCAAGUUUCACCAAAGAAAAGAUUUGGCUUUCU